GUGUUUUCUGCGCGCAAGCGAAAAAAAAUCUCAAGUAUUUUUGUCCAAUAUURAUAUUGUAGCUUAUUUCAUAUUUGAUGCGUAUUCAAUCCAAGUCGAAUGGCGGGCCAUCUGCUGCUAAUUUAUAGCAUGGAUCCAUGAAAUUAAGUUUGGUGUUGUAUUAUUUAAUCGCAUUUAAUAUCGUUGCUUGAUGUUAAAUUUUGUUCACCAUUUCACGUUGACGUUCGAUGAUUGUCAUCAUCAUCACUUCUUUUUUUAGCAAUGAAACGAAUACGACGUUCUGUUCUUUUUUUGCGAUAAUUUUUUCUUCCAUUAUUAGGACGUUUAACUACGUCAAAAACCAAAAAAUCACCACAACGAGUACCAUCCCCACGGAAGAAUGCCAAGAUUGCAUCUGUGAAUGAUGAAGAUGCUCUUGAAGAUGGUAGUAGUGAUGAUGAAUGGUUCAACACCAUCAAAAAGCAAAAAGUCGCCAAGACGAGUGCCAUCUCCUCGUAAGAAAGCCAAGAUUGCAGGUGAUGAAGAUGGUGAUGGUAGUAGUGGUGGUGAUAGUAACAAACGUGGACGUUCAACACGAUCAAAUAAMAUAAAGUCUCCAAAACAAGUACCAUCCCCACGAAAGAAAGCCAAGAUUCCAGUUGCGAAGGAAGAAGAUGGUGAUGACGAUAGUAGUAGUGGUGGCGAAAGUGAAAUCAGAGGAGAGUCUUUGAAACGACAACCGCGAACAAGAAGUCAACAUGCUGCAGCAUCCSAAAAGAAAURCUCMACUUCUGAUGAUAACAACGAAAAAMCAAUGCGCCUUAGAUCGGGCAAAAAUAAAACUGCAGCUUYAAACGGUGAUGAGGAWGGCAGUGAUAUAAUACGCCACAAAACAGGCAAAAAGAACAAAACAAUUUCAGAUGAUAGCGACGAAAGCAGUGCAAGCAAAAAGAAAAGAGCAACCACAUAUGACACCGUUGAAAAUGGCGAGGUAAUAACUCGGCGUAAAUCAGUCCGAAAGAAAAGGCUGCCAACUAUAGAUGACAUGGAUGAACGCAUUGAAAUGACAAGAGCUGGGAAAAACAGCAGAGCUAAGAAAAAGGCAGUUGAUGACGAUGAUAGCGAUGAUGAUGAGUUUGACAAACAGCUAAUGRAAAUCGCCGAGAAAAACACUAGUAAAAUGACCAAUGAUYAUGAUAUCAAUGGCAAGGUUGUUGAUGUUGAGGUUGAUGUUGAUGCUGAUGUUGAUGUUGAUGUUGAUGAUAAUGAUGAUGAAACUCAAGACAGCGACUCCUCCGUUUACAAUGGUUCAGGAGAGACCUCUCCAAACGAAGAUCAAAGAACGUCUUGUACGCGGAGACUUUUCGACAAUGACCAAAACAAAUGCCAAACUCCUUUGCUUGAAACCGUGGAUAACAUGUUUGAAGUCAUUGCGCAAGUUAUGAAACUCCCUUGUACCCAAGACAUGAGCGAUGCACAGAUCUUACACUGUCUGUAUGUUACCAGUGGAUCACUAGAUGACUGCAAACACUAUAUCGAAACCGGGACUCUUUCCAAUGGUGAUCCAGUGUGGUCAAAAAAGGAAGAUGAUAUCAUAGAAACUGGAGAAAARGAAAAUAUGAGAGAUCUUAUCAAGAAGAGAGGCCGAUCAGCUGUUAAAGAAAGAGAAAGGUUUUUGAAAUCACCUUAACCUUAAGAACAGAUUUUCUUUUUAUAUUACAUUUUUGRGCCUUUUUAAUAACAAUGGGCGGAGAACACACACAUUUUUCUGUUCAAAUUAUUCUUUGAAAUUUUAAAAUUGUAUCAUAAAACACCCAAAGAGCUGUACCAAGCUUUAUAAUCUUCGCAUUUAUUCUGACAAAAGCUUCAAGCAUGUCAUAUUUUUUACACACAAAAAAAGGAAUGUGGAACAUAUAUUAUGAAUAAAUAUUAGACUAAUCCACUGCUUUAGCAUUAAUUUUGUUCUGUGAUUGUCAACUUGUGCUUAAGGUCUAUACGGAAAAGUUCAUUUUUUAGCUAAAAAUGAAAGGCCGUGCUGCGGAGGCGUCAGGUGGUGUCCGGUAUGGACWUUGUGGAGGAAUAUUUUGUAUUUCGGCAAGUCACUAUAAUAGAACAAUUGAUAUGUCUGUACAAUGAGCUGUUUCCAUAACUCACAAUCCGGAUCCGUGUCGACGGGAUACUUAUCAUGGAAACGUUUGUCUAGAUCCCGUUGCGUGUGACUUCGAAGCUUCAUCUGGAGGACAAAACAAAAUAUYUUGCCCUCGUGGGAAUUAGAAUCCAUUGUUUUGUCUUCCAGUUGGAGCUGCAUUUCCAUGAACUGUMAGGGGGUCUAUAUUCAGUAGUGUCCGGAUGCGUAUGAAAGGAGAAUUAAUCGUUCUUGGAAUGUCUUACAUGUACCCAAGAACUUUCAGUUUAUGAACUGAAAAGGCAAAGUGCAUCGACCCCAUAUUCUAGACCAAAGCAACACGGGAAGUGUUGUCUUUGYGUCCCAAAGAUAGACAACUUUGGCGUAUUCUGGAUAAAGGAACACGCAAAAAAAAA